UUAUAUAGACCACAGAGCUCCUCUAUCAGGCUCAGUUCCCUUUCAACUGCAGUUCACCAAACAAGCAGGAGUCCAGCCAACCGAUUGCUCAGCAUCUAACAAGGAAGACCACCAGAGAAAAAAAGAGACAAUUAUACACAAACACUGAGCCUUGUUCAUACUCACACAUGGCCAGCAUGUCCAAGUGGACAUUCCUCCAGGCCAUGUGUCUGGUGGUUUCAUUGUCCACGGCAGUACCUGAGAAUUAUGAGGAUGAUAUCGAUGUGAACUUUGGACCCAAUUAUUUGAACGAGAUAACUGAGGAGGACCAGAUGGAAGGGGAGACCCCCACACCUUCCCCUGAACCUUGCAAAGGCCCAGUCUUCACUAAGUGGGAUAAGCUCUUCACAAUGCUGGAAAAUUCCCAAAUGAAAGAGAACAUGCUCCUGCAGUAUGCCGAUGAUAUCACCAAGGUGGAGCUGCAGAGUCUGAGAGAAGAGAUGUUACAGUUUGUGGCACAGUACGGCGGCUCUUGCGCAUCUGCAGUUGAGAGCUCUGUUCGACGGGCUGGGAUUCAAACAGAGACGCGUCUGCAGAACGCGCUAGACCGUGUCCGAGAGGUCUCAGCUGAUCAGUCCGCGCAGCAUGAUGCAGCCCUGCAGCAGCUACUGGCUGUUAGCGUAAACCAGGCUGCACGGCUGGAGCGACUGGAGAACAACUGCUUGAAAUGGGGGGGAGGAGGUCUGGCCUCCCAAGCCAAGAGCUUCCAGGCCCGACAUCUCAUGCAAGAAGUGACGGAGACAGAGAAUGGAGGUAGGCUGGAGAAGACUCUGGCAGCCAUCUCCAGUGAGCUGCAAACCAUCCGGGAACAGCUGACCCUUUACACCAAAUCAGUCUUUGUAAACAGCCUUCCAUCAGGCUGUGACACUGGGCUGCUCUUCCCCACACGUUCAUCUACAGCUCAUGUUGAAGUCUCACCCAAAACACCCUUUAAGACCAAUGCCGUCACCAUUUGCCUGUGGGUGAAACCAACUCAGGUGCUCAACAAGACCAUCCUCUUCUCGUACAGUACAACUGGCAAUGCCUACGAACUCCAGCUGGUGUUGAAUGGACAGAAUGUCUUCUUUACCGUCGAUGGUGAAACCCAUUUGGUGCAAGCUUCAGGGGCAGCUCAAGAGGGUCAGUGGGUGCACAUUUGUGCAGUCUGGAGUUCACAGCAGGGCUUGGUUUCACUGUGGGUGAAUGGUCAACAAGCUGCAAGCUCUCCUGGAGUGGCCGAAGGUCAUGAGUUACGCAGCAAAGGAAGCAUACUAUUGGGGCAAGAGUAUGGACGUUUCUUCAGGCAUCUUAGUAUCCCCGACACAUUUGAUGCGGAGCUGGCCUUCACAGGGAAGAUGACUGGAGUGAACAUGUGGGACCGCGUUUUGGAUUCAAAAGAGAUAUCUCAGCAAGCGCGGCUGGAUGGGAAUGGUUGUGGUAUCCGUGGUAAUGUGGUGGCAUGGGGCGUUUCUGACAUUGAGCCAAAAGGGGGUGUCAAAUUAAUAUACUAAAUUUCUCUACUGUCUUAACCACCUGAGCCCUGUAUACAUAUCAGCUGAGCUCCUACAAGCACAUAUUAAGAACCUGCUUUGCUACACCUGCACAAAACAAUAAUUUUCCUCUCCUUAAAUGUGCAAAAAAUGCUCCCUCACAGGGAAAAUGUGAUUUAGCAAGUUACAAUAGUUAAACUGCUGCCAUUGGAGGGACAUUAUAUCAUAUAUCUUUUUUAUUAUUAUUACAAACUGUUCUGUUUUACAAGAAUGUUUAAUACAAAAUGGAGGGAUUUAAAAAAAAUAUAUAUGUAUUAUGUAUCGUCAAACUAUUUAUCUUGAUUGGUAAUGUUUACAUUCAGAUUUUACUUAAUUUUUAAUCUAUUUGUAAUGUAAUACUUCAGUCCAUUGUUAUUUUUAUGCUUUUUUUUCAAACUAUAGGCUCUGUUACAUAUCUUGUGAUGGCCAUUUUAAAAUAUUUUGUUAUAGAGUUCUGUAUGUUAUAGAGUAUGUGAGUUCUGCUAAUUAAUAACUUUUUUGUCUUUGGUUUGUAUUUUUACCACAAGAUGGAUGUUAUGUUUUGAUGACAGAACUGUGGAAAAUGUUUACAAAUUGUGACUUUAUUUUUAUGUUUCCGCUGAUGUGAUUAAAUGUAUUAUAAUGUUUUUUUGUUGUUGUUGUUAAGAGGCUAAGAUGAAUGUAUAAUGUACAUAGAUAUUUUUCUGAGGGUUGGGGAAAACAAACCAUAAUAAAAAUGUAAAACUAAAAAUAA